CCUUUCCUCCAGGUACCAGCUCCCCUUUUCCGUGGAGGAAGGCUGACUUCAGACUGAAGGACAGAAGGGGCAACUGCCCUAUAACCCUGCAGGUCUUCUGGUCUGUGGUUGUGGGCACCAACUCAGACAAGAAAAGAAAAGACCUGCAGUAUCAGUGCAGAUAAGGCAAAGGAGGAAAAAUCUCAACAUGGACAAGCUCUACAAAGAAAAUGAAGGAAAGCCAGAAACUGAAGGAAACCUAGAAAAUGAGGGAAAGCCAGAAGAUGAGGGAAGUACAGAAGAUGAAGGAAAUGGAGAAGAAGAAAACCCGGAUGUGGAGGGGAAGCCAGAAGAGGAGGGAAAGCUGGAGGAGGAGGGAGAUCCAGAUGAUGAGGGACAACCAGAGGCUGAGGGCAAGAAGGGCAAGCAGGGAAAGUCAGCAGCUGAGGGCAGGCCCCGAGGUGAGGGCCAGUCAGCACCCCAGGUAAAGUCAGAGAGCGAGCCGCGGGCCGCUGAAAAGCGCCCGGCUGAAGAUUAUGUGCCCCGGAAAGCAAAAAGAAAAACAGACAGGGGGACGACAGACGACUCCCCCAAGGACUCUCAGGAGGACUUACAGGAAAGGCAUUUGAGCAGUGAGGAGAUGAUGAGAGAAUGUGGAGAUGUGUCGAGGGCCCAGGAGGAGCUAAGGAAAAAGCAGAAAAUGGGUGGUUUUCAUUGGAUGCAAAGAGAUGUCCAGGAUGCAUUCUCCCCGAGGGGCCAGCGGGGUGUCAGGGGAGUGAGGGGCGGAGGUAGGGGCCAGAAGGACUUAGAAGAUGUUCCAUAUGUUUAAUGUCUUUGGCCUUUAAUUCUGACUUCUCUGAUGAAAAUAUCGUCAGCCCUGCUUUCCCUGGCAGGCAUUUGCCGGGCUAUGUGCUUUAACCUUAAACUGAUACUUUCCUUUAGGUGUGUCACUCUUGUUACCAGCAGAUCUUGAUCCACCUACAGCUCUCUGUCUUUUAGUAGAGGAUUUUCACCCAUGUGCAUGGAAGAGAUGUUCAUGGUACAUUGUGAAAUAACAAUAAAAAAUUUCAGAACCAAA